AUGGAUUAUACAAGAGAACAAGGUCGAAAAGAAAACUUUACCCCAAUUGGAGAGUCAUAUACGAGUUUGUUGCAGAAAUUAGUACAAUUAGGAUUGGUUGAACCUGUUAAUCCCUAUUUUGUCAAUCUGAAUGCAAGAGGGUUUGAUCCAACUGUUAUAUGUGAGUAUCACGCUAACACUCCAGGUCAUAGCACAGAGAAUUGUUGGACUCUAAAGAGAGUCAUUGAGAAGUUGAUUGAGGAUAAGACAUUUAUGAAGAUUGUGAGCAAACAUGUAGAAAGCAGAGAUUCAAAAGAAGAGUCGAGUAUGGUUUUAGAACCCAUACAAAAGGCACCGAUAAUUGUGAAUGGUGUAAGGUCAAAUUUUGGAGACUCGAGAAAACUCGUGUUGUAUGUCCCUGGAGCUGCAAAAAGAAGAGAAGUACCGUUGAAUGGACCAAAAUUAUACAUUCCUGGUAAGCUUCGAGCAUUUGGUCAAAAUCAAGAAAGCGUGAAAGAGCCAGUUGUGAUACAAAUUGCAACACAACUUCCGAUGACAAACACCAAGACCGUUCAAUGGAAUUACAACAAAGUCGUUACCCACAAGGGAAAGGAGAUUGUUGAAGAUACAAAUGAAACAAGAGGAUUAACUCGUUCUGGGAGGUGUUAUGCUCCAGAAGAAUUAAGAAGAGACAAACAAGCCAAAAAAAAUAAGUUGCCGGUUAAAAAACCUGUCACUGAGGAGGAGGUUGAAGAGUUCUUGAAAAAGAUGAAAGCUCAAUAUUAUUCUGUUAUUGAUCAAUUGAGGAAAACACCCACUCAGAUAUCCUUGUUGUCAUUACUCAUACAUUCUAAAGAGCAUCGUGAAGUUUUGACCAGAAUCUUGAAUGAGGCACAUAUCUCAGAAAGUAUCACGGUGGGCCACUUGGAAAAGAUGGCCAAUCGAAAAUUUGAGGUAAAUAGAAUCACUUUCACUGAUGAUGAAUUGCCUUUGGAAGGAUCUGGGCAUAAUAAGGCGUUACAUUUAACCGUGAAAUGUGAAGAACACUAUGUGAAAAGGGUCAUGGUCGAUGGAGGAUCAGGUGUAGACAUAUGCCCUCUUUCUACUAUACAAAGGUUGAAAAUCAACACGGAUAGAAUUCGUACUAACAAUGUCUGUGUGCGUGCAUUUGAUGGCGCAAAACGGGACACUCUUGGUGAAUAUACUUAA